UCGUAUUGCAACUAGGCUCCACUCUCCUCUUAUCUGUGUUGUGCGCAACACAAGUACGUCCCUAGCUGCUACAACGAACGAACGCGUGGCAGCAGUGGGAGAGAAUCCAGACACACCGACUAAGAGAACGUUACAACUCUCCGCGACCAUCAGGUUCUUUGAAGUAACUACUACAAGUCUCUUGUUCGAUACUUCGUCAUGAAAAUGUGCCAAAGCCUUCGCAAGUGAAAAAGGUGUGCAGAAUCUCGGGUUUUGUUCGUAGCAUGGGUCCAGAAAUACAUCACUCAACAAGAGCCACUACUCUCUCACUCUUUCAGUGUGAUUUACUCAGCAAUUUCUACAGCAGGCGCCAGCAGGCUAGGUGUUAACACGUCCAAGGUUCAGUUGCUGAUGCAAAAGAAACCAACAUGGCAAGAACAGAAGAGAUCACGUUGAAGGAAAUAGAAUGUCCAGUAUGUUUCGAGUACAUGUCUCCACCCAUCAUGCUUUGCAGAAGAGGCCAUAAUCUUUGUCACACGUGCAGAAAAGAUAUUUCAAAAUGCCCAAUAUGUAAAGAGAAAUUCAUCACAAAGAACCUGGCUCUUGAAGAGAUUGCUAACAAGAUAAAAUUGCUGCACAAUACCAUACCACAGCCCAGUAAUCAUCGAUCACCAUACGAUCUUCUCGAUGAACAACGGACCAAGAUUGUAAUAGCUGAAGAAGUUAGCAGGAUCAUCCUAAGAGAAGUCAAGUGCAAAGUCUGUCAGAAUUAUUCUCUCUCUCCGAUAUACUUCUGUGUCAAUGGGCACAGUACGUGUAAUGCUUGUAAAAAGUGCAGAACAUGCGCUGGUCCCGUCACGAGCGGGAGAAAUUUUGCUUUAGAGACGAUCGCCAGAAGUGCAGAGUAUCAAUGUCGAUAUAGAGAUUUUGGAUGCGCGUCGAUCCUAACGUUACUGCAGGCUCAACACGAGGACGAGUGUGAAUACAAACCAGUAAUGUGCCCACUGUUUGACGCUGUUGGGGUCAGAUGUUCCUGGUCUGGUAUAAGUCAAGAUUUCAAAUUUCACGUGAUGCACGAACAUGUCUCAUGCAGGGUAUUUGAGGGAACAUUUAUAAGCCUGAAUAUAAGGUACAGCUCAAACACCGUGAUAUUUGCGCUAAAUAAGAUGUUUCUUAUGUCCAUUCUAGUUAAAAAUGGGGCAGUCUUGUAUAGGUUCAACUUAGAAGGUCCUGCAGAUGACAUUGACAAAUACAAAUGUGUAAACAGGUUACUGUCAGGUGGCGAUGUAAUAACCACAUUCGUAUUUUCUCCUUCUCCGAAAUGGAAGGAAUUUUAUGGAGGAAUUUUUAUGGAUUGUUCAAGUCCUACGAUAAUGUUAAAUGUUUGCAUCCAGAAGACGUAGACAUUUUCGUAGCCGAUAAUCGCUGUUCAAAGAUAGGGAAUUUGCUUGAUCUCCAAGAAAUCAGCAUUUAUUCUUUAAUUUAGAAAGUCCUGGGUUUGAGGCUCAGGCUGGAGCUUAGCUGUCAAAGGCAGGCGCUCUGAUCAGUCUUUGUAACACGUCUCAUUAUUACAUAUGAAUUUAUUCAUAUCGAAGUUAAUGGUGAAGUUCUUGUCUUUUACUUUUAGAACUACAGUACCGUGACCCCUGACCCCCGCGUCGAAUGAAGUGGAUCCACGAGUGCUAUGCCAUUAUGAACCAGAACACUAUGCUGUUCAAAGUUAUUAAUUAUCAUGUCUUGUAAGUUUUAAAAAUGAUUCCAUAAAACGAAACAUAAGAGUGUGUACAUAAUUCUAUACAGCACAUUAACCUCUGAUAUGAACCAUGUUUGUUGCCUCAGUCAGUAAACAGACUGGCAAUUUAUUCCCAACAAAAUUGUAGUAAGAUAUAAGUAAAUAAAUGCAGUAAAGUGCUCUUGAGCAAUCGGCCACAUCAAAGUUGGCUUGAACAUUUUGGAGACCUACUGACUCCAUCAUCGGGGUCAAAAUAGAGGGCAAGACCACAAGUCACUGAUACAUAUUUUUGUAUCUGUCUAGCCUUGCACCGAUUUCUUUACGUCACUUUAGCGGGAAACAUUUGUAGUGGCAGAACACAGCAUUGAAUUGGACCACUCUUUAAGAAUACUGAGACAAUAAUGUUUACUUCAUUAGUUUAGCGUAAUUCCUUCCUUAAAUGCAUGAAGAACGAGAUUGUCACAGAACUGUGGGGGAACAGGUCAUGUGUUGGCAACACUGAACCUGCUAACACCACACACUUGCAUGAAACGCACAUGGGAAAGGAGAAAAAUGCCUUUCAAGAUUUAAACAGAAACUCUUAAGGAAAGGGUUGCUUGGUAGAUGUCCGUGAAAUUGUCAGGAUAAUAUUAAAACGUAUUUUAAAGAAACAAUGUGAGAGUGUGUACUUUAUUCUUUUUAGGUUUAAACGUCUUCGAAUAUCUGUCGAGGGGGCCAACUAAUUUAACUGUUUUGCAAUCUAUUUAUCGUGUGUUUCUACCAGAGUACAGCAGAUGUCUUCAUUUCUUAUUCGAAGACGAAACGUGACGUUUAAAAGAAACUUCAACAGUCGAUGAAUAAACAGAGAAAGCAGAUAUUAGACGUGUCUUGCCACGAGUAUGAUUUCAGUAUGACACUGUUUUUUCUCCACGAACUUGAUUCGCAUUGCUCAUUUAUUUUGUUAAAGAUCAAUUUCGUUUUCCGUGUUGAUAUUUUUCUUGUACAAGGGAAAUUUUUUUAAGUCAACGUCAGGAAAUUUCUGUUGGAACAGCACUGAUUCUAACUCAAGGUCUGAAUAUUUCAUUUCCUGAGGUCGUUCGUAUUGUGUGGGUGAAGACACUGGACCAGCUGUUGAAGACGAAUACAGAAACAAAUUACGCGGUUUGACCUGACAUGGCUGAAGGCAAGAGCACUAAAAUAGUGAGUCUGAAGGACAUUGCCCCUCACCUUACGUGUGCACUGUGCACUGAACUCCUGGCAGACGACGUCACAGGAAUAUGUGAGUCCGGGCACACAUUCUGCAGAUUCUGCCUGUCACGCCUCGACGAAUGCAUAAAAUGUAACCGCAGAUUCGUAAAAGAUGCGCGCAAUUACAUGAUCGAGAAUAUGGCGGAAAUUGUGAAAUACAAGUGCCAGAACUACUACUUCGGAUGCAAAACCCUACUCUCAGCAGAUCUUCUUGUGAAACACAACUUGACCUGUCGACGCAGGGCGGUCAGCUGCCCUCUGGAGCAGAUUCCAGAAGUGCUAUGCUGGUGGAAAGGAUGCCUUUCGGAAGUUUUGGAUCACGUGAAGAAAAAUCACGGAGACAGACUCACAAGCAAAAACUAUUUCAGAUGUCCUUCGUUGGAAUCCACACACUGGUUGACGGAGUAUAAAGGAGAACUGUUCCUAUAUUACAAAUACAUCAAAGACGGCGAAUGGAACGCUUGUGUACAGAGCGUCGGUCUCACAGAAGACGAGUUCAAAGGCGUCUUCGUUCUGAGAUCACACAACGCCAACAGCAAUGAGGUAAUUGAAAUAUCUUUUGUUGUGCAGCUUAUUACCAGUCUGGAUAAUGUGCACAGAUCCGGUAGAUGCCUUCUGUUGGAUCAUAUAGUAGUUAAACAGUUUAUUAAGAAUAAACAGAUGAACAUGAUGGUCUCGAUUGAAGAGAUCCUUAAGCGCUAAUUGGUGUUUAUUACUACAACGAUGGAGGCGAUGGUUUGAUUAGAACAAAAACAUUUCUUGACAACUUCAGCUUCGGUUGGAGCAUAACGGACACGACAGUCGUAAUUCUCAUCUUUUACUGUACCACGUGACACAAACAGACAGAACUAUUUGUAAAAAGAGCAUUUUUCAGACAGCGCGGAUGUACUAUUAUCGAUCACGUUGCAACUGUGAUGAAAUGUCUUUGUGUGUAGCUUGUUGCUGUCAUUGGAGUACAGACGCCGCAAUCAAAUACGAGCUCUCAACAAUUUAUUUUGUUUUUAAUUAUUUUCAAGGUUCUUGCGACAUUUUUCGUGAUGUACGAUUUCCUCAAUUUAUUUUAUAAAAAAUGUUCCAUACAGCUUUUCAUGAAAAAUGUAAUAAAUAUAAUGCAAUUCAUCCGU